ACAUAAUAAAUGCACAAAUUCGGCCUCGAGAUCGCCCAUCCCACCUAUGGGAAAAAUCUUCACAUGUGAAGCAGAUCUUUCGAGAUUUCCCACGUGGGAAAAUCAUAAAGUCGAGCCGACUCAUUGUUAAAUACCUUUCUAUAAAACGGAGUCCUAUAAGCGUAAAGGAAUCAUUCCUAUCAAUCACAAAUACAAAUCCACUUUCAUAAUUUUCUCGGCAUAAGAGAGAAAGAAAAUGGGAUCUCAUGUAGCCCAAAAACCACACGUAGUUUGCGUGCCUUAUCCGGCUCAAGGCCACAUCAACCCUAUGAUGAAAGUGGCUAAACUCCUUUACGCUAAAGGCUUCCAUGUUACCUUCGUCAACACCGUCUACAACCACAACCGUCUCCUCCGGUCCCGUGGGUCUAACGCCGUCGACGGGCUUCCUUCUUUCCGGUUUGAGUCCAUCCCUGACGGUCUAUCGGAGACUGACGUGGACGUCACUCAGGACAUCCCUACUCUUUGCGAGUCCACAAUGAAGCACUGUCUCGCUCCGUUCAAGGAGCUUCUCAGGCAGAUCAACGCCGGGGAUGAUGUUCCUCCCGUGAGCUGUAUCGUAUCCGACGGUUGUAUGAGCUUCACACUUGAUGCUGCGGAGGAGCUCGGUGUCCCGGAGGUUCUUUUUUGGACAACCAGUGCUUGUGGCUUCUUGGCUUAUCUUUUCUACUAUCGCUUCAUCGAGAAGGGAUUAUCGCCGCUAAAAGAUGAAAGUUACUUGAACAAGGAACACUUAGACACAAAAAUAGAUUGGAUACCAUCGAUGAAGAACCUAAGACUAAAAGACAUCCCUAGCUUCAUCCGAACAACUAAUCCUGACGACAUCAUGCUCAACUUUAUCAUCCGCGAGGCUGACCGAGCCAAACGUGCUUCAGCUAUCAUUCUCAACACGUUUGAUGAUCUAGAACAUGACGUUAUCCAAUCUAUGCAAUCUAUUGUACCUCCGGUUUACUCAAUUGGACCGCUACAUUUACUAGAGAAACAAGAGAUCAGUGAGGAUAGUGAGAUCCGACGGAUGGGAUCGAAUUUGUGGAGAGAAGAGACUGAGUGUUUGAAUUGGCUAAAUACUAAAGCUCGAAACAGUGUUGUGUAUGUUAACUUCGGGAGUAUAACUGUGUUGAGCGCGAAACAGCUUGUGGAGUUUGCAUGGGGUUUGGCUGCAACGGGGAAAGAGUUUUUGUGGGUUAUCCGUCCAGAUUUAGUAGCCGGGGAUGAGGCAAUGGUCCCACCGGAGUUUUUAACGGAGACAGCGGACCGAAGGAUGUUGGCAAGUUGGUGUCCUCAAGAGAAAGUCCUUUCCCACCCGGCUAUUGGAGGGUUCUUGACGCAUUGCGGGUGGAACUCGACGUUGGAAAGUCUAUGUGGCGGAGUUCCGAUGGUGUGUUGGCCGUUCUUUGCAGAGCAACAAACUAAUUGUAAGUUUUCUUGUGAUGAAUGGGAGUUGGGGAUUGAGAUAGGCGGAGAUGUGAAGAGGGAAGAGGUUGAGGCGGUAGUUAGGGAGUUGAUGGAUGGAGAGAAGGGAAAUAAAAUGAGAGAGAAGGCAGGAGAGUGGCGGCGAUUGGCAAAAGAAGCAACGGAGCAUAAGCAUGGUUCUUCUAAAUUGAAUUUUGAGAUGGUCGUUAAUAAGAUUCUUUUAGGGGAGUAGAGACUACAUGGAGACAACCCUAUAAUUUAUUAUGAACAAGUGUUUGUUUCAGUUCUUUCAAUUGUCUUUGACGAUAUCCUAAAUUACCAUAUUGGAUUGACAUUUCCUAAUAAAUUAUAAAAUAUAGUUGUGUAUAUGAGUGAUGAACGAUGAACGUUUAUUUA